AUGUCCUGCAAGAUUUUAAAGCCGCCAAUCUUAACAGAAGAGAAACGAGGCGCCUCGGCGGCGGUGGUUGCAAAAUCCAAAGUCACCUGCAAGUGCCACGGAGUCAGUGGCUCCUGCAGUCUCAUCACUUGCUGGCAACAACUUGCCAAUUUUAGAGACAUUGGUGAUUAUUUAAAAGACAAAUAUGAUGGUGCAACCAAAGUCCGAAUAAAUAAACGUGGAAAGCUCCAAAUCAGAGAUACCAGCUACAAAAUGCCUUCACCAGGAGAUCUGGUCUACAUUGAAGACUCGCCUAAUUAUUGCGUCAAGAAUCAAAUUACUGGCAGUUUAGGAACACAUGGCAGAGUGUGCAACAGGACUUCGGACGGCCUGGACGGCUGCAAGUUGCUCUGCUGCGGCCGCGGCUACAACACCCGGAAGAUUUCUGUCCGGGAGCGAUGCGAAUGCAAAUUCCACUGGUGCUGUUUUGUCGAGUGCAAAACCUGCGUUCGAAACGUCGACGUCCACACUUGCAAAUAAUAAGGACAAAUAUAAUAUAAUUUUAUUAACUAAUAUCAUGGCAUCAUCGACAGACUUAAGUAAAUAAAUAAUUAUUUAUUGGGACGAAAUUAAACGACAAGCUCUUGAUUGAUUUUAUUGUCUGUAGGUACUUGUAUGAGGUAAGGUCUGUACUAGGUCAUACAUAGUAAUAAUGGACCAAGAUAUUUGAAAUACAUUUUUUGCGUUGCUUUUUUAUUACAAGGGUCUACAAAAUAAAAAAAGUUGCAUAUAUUGGGUGUGUGUCACAUGUUUUCUAAUGAACUGAUGAAUCUAAAGUCAAAA